UAUAGAUAUCCAACAACAAGAAACGAGAAAAAAAUUUCGUGUCAUAUGCAUUUUAAGGUGAAAUUAUCGUACAUCGACGACAAUCAAAAUUUUUGCCGCAAAAAAUUUUCAGCAUGUACAUAUUAAAUGAACUGCAUGUAUGUUGUCGGUUAACAAUGAGUUCGACUGAUCCUAAACAAUCAGGGGAAGAGAGGGGCUUUUAUCAAUGGCAAAGAUUCAGCUUAUGUUGCACUUUUUCUUUGGGUCAACGAGAUGAAACUUGCGCUGCGAAUAGUCGGUCUCAACUAGUGUGACUGUCUUUGGUAGAUUAGGUAAAAGCACCAAAUUACAAUAAGGGAUUAAUGUCUGUCAGAAUUAAACAAAAUGUGCUAAAUUUAAAUUUUACACGGAGCAAUUUUAUUUGUAAAUUGGUAUGAGUGAGGAUUGUUUUAACAAUUGAUUACACUCAAAAACACCAGUUUUAACUUAUGGAACUUACCAAAGUCAGAAUUACUUUAACAUUAAGGUGCGUGAUGUAUAAUAUUGUGUUAGCUUUUCAGGAAUCAAUAUGAGCAUUCACAGAACCUAAAUAACGAUAAAAACAAUGAGCUUCAUAUUUUUGUGAUCUAAACAUAAAUUUUUAUUUAAAUAUAGAAAUGAUUAAAAAACUGUGUGAAAAUUUAAAGAAACUAGUAUUAACAUUUACAAACUGUGCAAACGUGCAACGUAUUGACAGUUGAUGUGUCUAGUUCCUUCCAGAUUAGUUCUGCGUCGAUGCAUCUGUCAACAUCUUUUCACGAAAUUCAAUAAUUGUAUUUCUGUAGUGAAGUCACGCGACAGAAAAUCUACAUCCUAAAGAUACGAUUAGUUACUGAAACCCUCUCGAACUAUCUGGAUUGAUGAUUAUUCACGUACGCAUCGUCAACGUGGUCUUCUGUUAUAGUCAAGGAACGUUUGGAAAGAUCUGCGUUUCGUGUGUUAUUAAAUUUGAUUACGAUUGUUUUGCAAAUCUCAUCUUGUCUCGCUGUUUGGUCCGCCAGCGUCAGAGUUGACUCGAAGCGUUCAUCGACCCGAAUAAAUUUAUUUGUGUUUUCUUUUUGCAAAAGUGUGUACUUAAUUGAAUCAGUUACCGGUUGUAAUGAAUUUCUAAUGACGCCAACAACCUUGUUUGUCAUGUAGAAGGAGACAGAAUGCGCCAGAUCGCCCAACGGGCGUAUUCCUUUGUGUAAACUGGUCUUGUCGUUUCCGCCAGACUCCACGUGAUCACGAAAUCUGAAAACUCUAUUGGAUGUUUGACGUUUGAUCAUUUGAAUGACUGUUAGCGCCAUUCGACCACGCAUGAAAUUUAGUACAACUCAGGAAGCUUUACCUCGCAAUCUGGGUGUAGCUACAAGAUCACAGUGAAGAAUACCACGGCGAAAAUGGCGAAUGACAGCGCUAGCGGCAAUGAUACGGUGAAUGAUGUAGUAGCAGACGGUACAAGCAAGUUUAUUUCAGCGCUUAUUCUCAACUUGAUUAUAGCCCUGAUAUGUUUGAUAUUGUUUUGCAUUCUAAGACAGAAGCACAAAAUUAUUUACGCGCCAAGGCAGCUCUUGAUAGACACGUUAGCGCCUGGGAAACGUCCCCAAUCGUUUUUUUCGUGGCUUUUUCCCGCUUUCACUGUGAAGGAUGACGAAGUUUUCCUUUACGCGGGCAUUGAUGCGGUGGUUCAUAUGCGGUUCAUGAAGCUCUGCUUUAAGAUCGCCCUGGUUCUUAUGCCGUAUGGAAUAAUUGUUUUGAUUCCCGUAAAUUAUUUCGGUGGAGGAGAUCUCAGCGGCCUGGAACAGAUAGCACUGUCUAACAUUGUCCCCAAGUCGUCCAAAGUUUGGGCUCACACUGUAGCCGCCUGGGUGUACACUUUGAUUAUCUGCUACCUUUUGUAUACGGAGUGGAAAGCAUUUAUCGUGUACCGACAACAGUAUCUUAAUAAAGGGAUGGGCUAUCAGUAUGCUGUGUUGGUUAGAGAUUUGCCAGAAAAGUUCAAGGAUUACGAAAGUUUGAAGGGCCACGUGGAAGAAUUAUUUCCUGAUGAGGUGGAAGAUGUUGUAAUUGUGGAAGACCUGAAAAAGUGGCAAGAGCUUGUUAAUGAGCGGGAUGCUCUGAAAUGGAAGCUAGAGCAUGCAAAAGCAGUGUUCGAGCAAAGCGGAGAAAGACCGACGCACAAGAAGUUCAUUUGCUGCGGAACGAAAUUCGACUCCAUCACCCAGUAUGGGGCUGAGCUAGAGACUGCACAGGCCAAACUAGACGCUGAAACUGAGAAGAAACACACUCUCCUUCCCAGCAGUUUCGUUGUGUUCCGAUCUCUCCGAUCAUCAACACUGGCGAAUCAAGCUGACUGGGAUAACUCUCCUUUGGCCGUUGACGUCAUGCCAGCUCCAGAACUGACAAGUGUUCUGUGGACUAAUCUUUCCAUUGGUCUGUGGGAAAGGAAACUACGCACAGUUUUGAUCUACACCCUCGUGUUCCUGUUGGUGUUCUUCUGGACUGUUCCUGUCGCAUUCGUAUCAACUCUGGUUGAGCUACAGAAUCUGACAAAAAUCGCGCCAUUUUUAAAACCAGUGCUGGAACUAAGCUCAUUUGUGAAAGGCGCCAUUGAAGGUUUCUUGUCAGGUCUAGCAUUGAUAAUUUUCUUCGCCAUUUUGCCCUUGGUCCUGCAGCUGUUCAGCAAACUGGAAGGAAUACCGUCCCAAAGUGAAGUGGACAGAUCUACGCUGGGAAAAUUGUACAUUUUCAUGCUCGUGAACAAGUUCCUAUUCUUGACUUUUGCUGGCUCAGCUCUAAACAAACUGAAAGAAAUGGCAGAUAAACCAAGCCAGAUUCCAUCAUUUUUAGCUGAAGCUCUCCCCUCGCAGUCCACCUUCUUCAUUUGUUUCAUCAUGCUGGCCACACUGACUGGUUAUGCGCUGCAGUUAUUGCGCAUAGUGCCUCUCAUUCUGGUGUCAAUCAAGCGUAAGUGGCUUGUAAAGACACCUCGUGAGGACGAGUUGGCCUGGAAACCACCACCAAUUCUUUAUGAUCGAGUGUUCGCCAACCAUCUUUUUAUUCUGAUCGUGGGCCUGUCCUACUCCACGCUGGCGCCCAUUAUAACUCCAUUCGUUGCGUUGUACUUUGGGUUUGGUUACAUUGUGUGGAUGCACCAGACAUUGAGUGUUUACAUCCCCGUCUACAGCUGUGGUGGUAUGAUGUGGCCUAGGGUUUUUAACAGGAUGAUUAUAGCAACAGUGGUGUUUCAGCUUCUGAUGUUUGGAGUGAUAGGUUUGAAGCAGUCUUACGCUGCAUCAGUCUUAAUCCUUCCGCUCCCAGUCAUCACAGUCCUGUUCUAUUUCUUCAUCCUGCAACAUUACAUCAGACCUGCUGAGAAUCUGUCGCUGAGCGCGGCUCAUGGUCUGGAGAAUCCUGCUCCAAACUUUAUACAGGACGUGGCGAAGAGCUACACGAGGACUCAAGGAGUACCAGCCCCAGUCCUAGAAACUGCCCCAGCAGAGGUCGACCAGACAGUGGGAACUGAGUUAGAGUCUAGUCUUCCUUUGACAGCCACGACCGAGAAGAAAGAGGAUGUGUAAGGGGGUAGAACCAGAUACUGGAAUUCGUUGACCGUGACGAUUGUAAGACCUUUUUAAUUCCUUAGAACACGUAGACGGUUUAUUUACUAGCGGAAUAUAAUUCUCAUUUCAUAGUUUUGUUUUUUUAAUCCAUUAUUUUUAUUAACAAGGUCUUGGAAAGUUUAGACCCUGAUAAUACUUCAUUCGAAUUGUUUUAAUCUAAUUAACCAAAUCAAAAAACAAAACAGUUUCUUUUAGCUUAGCUUUAGGUUAGCUUAGAUUGUUAAGUUGUCGCCGAAAGCUGUAUUGAUUAACUUUAAAACAAAUCCUUUGGAGCGGACACUGCUCAAAAGGUAAACAGCGUCAGGAAGGGCUUGUUUGGCACCAGACCUCUUAGAGCCUCUAUCAACAUUGAAGAAGUGACUGUACUCUGAAGGGUAAUAUCUAUGCCGGCUUAUUUCUGAGAGUAAACCAUUAAUCAAACGAUAGGAGGUGUUUAGAUCUAUUUUUAAGGUAGACAUAUAAAUUUACCAUUACAGUAGCCUAUGUGAGAAAGAUUGUUCCCACAUAUUUUGAUCAUCGACAACUUUAAACUUUCAGACACGUUUAAAGUCGACUGCUUUGUAGAGAUCUGAGCUGCUGCAUUCAUUUUCUUCUAGCAUACAACAGUGAGUUUAUGAUACAACAAUAUCCUGCUUCAUUAAAAAUGCACGACAAAUUCGGGACGUUGUUUUCUAUUCUUCAUGCUCUCCAGCUCACAAGAUAGACUAACUGGCCAGAUGAUUUGUUAUUUGUACUUAAACUGACGAACUGACAGACAAACAAGACUGAAAAAUAGAUUGUUUGAAAGGAAUGACUGGCAGACUGACUGGCAGACUGACUGGUGGACUGUUGCAGUCGACUAAAGCACUGACUUUGCGACUAUCAGACUCGCUUCAAACCUAACCUAACAUUGCAAGCUAUCGGAGAAAUAAUAAACGGAAGCCUAAUUCCAAAA